GUGAAAGCUAAAUGCACUUGUUUUAUCGAAAUUUCAUUUAAAGUCAAUUAAAAAUAAAGUUUAAAUAGAGAAAAAAAUGAAUUUUGAAGUCAUUGACGUUAUUGGCAAGCGUUUUGUUGGACGAGAAGAAGAAUAUCUCUUGAAAUGGAAACAAUCCGACAAACCGACGUGGGAGCCCAAAUCGAAUUUAUCGUGUCAUAAACUUGUCUUGAAAUUCGAAAGGUCCAAAGGACCUGAAAUUAUCGGUGCCAGAAAGGAAAACGACACGGUAACAUUUUUGGCAAAAUUCGAUGGAAAAACCGCAAAAGUCAUGAAUUUGUCGGAGGCUAAAAAGGGGGUAUUCAACCUCAUUUACUAUCUGGAAUCGAAAAUUGUUUGGACGGACGAAAAUCAAGAUGAUGCACCGUCUUUGUCUAAUCGCAAAUUGGUGCAAAGCCGCCAAAGUGAUGCUGUCACUGUGAUUUAUGCAAAGGACGGACGGGAAGGCAUUAUGUAUUUUUUUGAAUACGAAAAUGGCGAAAUCGCAAUUGUCAAUUCGGAUGAGGCAACCGUUAAGCAGCCGCUAGUGGUGCUCGAUUAUUUGAUCAAGAAUAUUGAUUGA